AUGCUCCCUCGCUCCAGCAAACCUCCAGCUCUCCUUGCUGGGAGCAACAGUGGAAGUCUGCCUGUGGUGGUGACCGUGGCUGUGUUUCUCUCGAUCGCUCUAUACAAUUCAAUCGAGCUGCUCAUUAUGAUUUCCUUGAGCUUCAACAAACAUCGUGGUGUAUAUUUCUGGUCCCUUCUACUAUCCACUGCAGCUGGUGUCAUCCCAUUCACCAUCAGCAAUCUAUUUGACUUCUUUAAUGUGCCUCCUUUAUGGCUGACUCUCCUCCUCUCAUCGAUUGGCUUUUCCUUCAUGAUCCCCGGCCAGUCGGUCGUCUUGUACUCUCGUCUACAUCUCGUUUCGAAUAACUACACAAUCCUCCGCGCUCUUCGCUACCUCAUCAUCAUCGAUACAGUCAUCCUCGUCACGCCCACCAUCGUCCUGUAUUGGGGCUCGGUGUAUAUCAGCACAAAACACUGGACGCAGGCAUUCCACAUCCACGAACAGAUCCAAAUAGCCUGGUUCUCCGCGCAAGAAUUCCUAAUAUCCAGUUUCUACAUUCUAGAAACCGUCAAGUUGAUUCGCGCUCACCCGGGCAGGGGCCGGCGUCUAACUAUCAUCCUGUAUGAGCUGUUAGCUAUCAACCUCGUAGCUAUUUUGCUCGAUAUUGCGCUUCUCGCGUUGCAGUAUUCGCGGUUGUAUUAUUUUCAGGUGAUUUUCAAGGCGUUGGUGUAUAGUGUUAAGUUAAAGUUGGAGUUUGCGGUUCUGGGGAGGCUGGUUUCGUUUGUGGGGUUGUGUCACGCUACAACGGUGGUUCGGGAGUAUCCAAGUUUUAUCACGACGGUGGAUGUGUCGUCUGUUGGUAAUGAUUAG